CUGCAGCCCCCCGAGGACGGGAUGUUCCUGGUGCGCGAGUCCGGCCGGCACCCCGGGGACUACGUGCUGUGCGUGAGCUUUGGCAGGGAGGUGAUCCACUACCGCGUGGUGCACGAGGAGCACACCCUCAGCAUCGACAGCCAGCAGCACUUCUCCAACCUCAUCGACAUGAUCGAGCACUACAUGAAGGAGCAGGGAGCCCUCUGCACCAAGCUGGUGAAACCCAAACUGAAACCGGGCAUGAAGUCAGCUGAGGAGGAGCUGGCCAAAGCUGGCUGGUUGCUGAACCUGCAGCACCUCACGCUCAGAGACCGCAUUGGGCAAGGCGAGUUCGGAGAUGUCCUGCAGGGCGAGUACAUGGGGCAGAAGGUGGCUGUGAAGAACAUCAAGUGUGACGUGACGGCCCAGGCCUUCCUCACUGAGACGGCUGCCAUGACGAAGGUCCGACACAGAAACCUGGUGUGCUUGCUUGGCGUGAUCCUGCACAACGGCCUCUACAUCGUCAUGGAGUUCAUGAGCAAGGGCAACCUGGUGAACUUCUUGCGCACACGGGGCCGGGCACUCGUCUCGACCCAGCAGCUCCUCCUGUUUGCUCUGGACGUGGCUCAGGGCAUGGACUACCUGGAAUCCAAGAAGCUGGUGCACAGGGACCUGGCCGCCCGCAACAUCCUCAUCUCUGAGGAGAACGUGGCCAAAGUGAGCGAUUUCGGCUUGGCCCGGGUCAACCCCAAGGGCGCAGACGCCACCUUGCUGCCCGUGAAGUGGACGGCCCCCGAGGCUCUGAAACACAACAAAUUCUCCUCCAAGUCAGACGUGUGGAGCUAUGGGAUCCUCCUGUGGGAAGCCUUCUCCUUUGGACGAGCGCCCUACCCCAAGCUGAGCCUGAAGGAGGUGACGGAGCUGCUGGAGCAGGGGUACCGCAUGGAGCCCCCCGAGGGCUGCCCACCCACCGUCUAUGCCCUGAUGAGGAGCUGCUGGGAGCUGGAGCCAGGCAAGCGGCCAUCCUUCAAGAAACUCACGGAGAAGCUGCAGAAGGAGCUGAAGCACCUGAGGAAUGUUUAACCCCCAGUCCACUCCCAGGACCUGUGGCCAGAAGUGCCCC